AUGGAGCCCCGCAAAACCCCUCCGGAGUACUUUCUGGAGAUCUUCGCAGAUACCACUCAUGUUCGAGAUGUACUGAAAGGUGUCCUCAACCUCAUCUUCUUCCACCGUUACUUCCCUUGCAUCCGGCCGGUCACAUUCGAUGUGCUGGACUUCACCCUUCCAGCGAUUAAUGACGCAGACUUAGAGACACUGAUUGACUCGCGCGUAUCCGCUCUCGUCCGCCAGCACCUUUCCUCCGCAGCUGGGGGCCAAGAUGGCUCCAUGGGGGGAGGGGGUGGCGUGCGAGGGCGCAUCGCAGUCGAGUUCUAUGAGAAGAAACGGCGCCGCUCGGGAAAUUGGUUCGGAGGAUUGACUGGGAAAGGAGAGGAAGAGGUCUGUUGGGAGACAUGGACACUAGAUGUCACGAUUGCAACACCACGCACCGAGUCCGAGAGAGCCAAGGUUCGCAAGGCUAUGGGCAAUAUGCUACAGAAAGCGGCCUUAAAGAUCCUCAGCGUGGUAAAUCGUGAUAAGGACCACAUCCCUCCUAUUACCACCAGUGACUCCAAUCCAUUCCCUUAUCGCAUUGUUGUCAACCCCCGUGCUGAUGGCUGGGGGAACCGCAUCGGGCUUUACUGA